AUGGCUACUCGGACUUCUCCCUCCAACAAAUCACUCAACCCUGAGAUCCCAACAAAAAAUAAGAAUGACUCUUGGGUUGAGGACACGACUCCUACCGACCCAUCUGAUGUCGUUGCUAUCUAUCGCUCAUACGAACCCGAGUUUCGUGCAAGCACUGAGCGGCAACUUCGAAAGAAGAUUGACACAAGAAUCCUCCCUCUCAUUGUUUUGAUUUAUCUCUUCAACUAUUUAGACCGAAACUCGAUCACCCAAGCUCGUCUAUAUGGGCUUCAAGAAGAUACUGGCCUCCAGGGGGCUCAGUAUCAGACUGCGAUUUCGAUUUUCUCAGCGGGGUAUAUUCUCAUGCAAUUGCCAUCCACAAUCAUGAUGACAAAGUUUCGGCCUUCUAUAUACCUGCCAACAUGUAUCAUACUCUGGGCCUUUGUUAGCGGAUGUACUGCUGCUACAUUCAACACGCCCGGAAUUCUCAUGGUUCGCUUCUUUCUCGGAUUUGUCGAAGCUCCAUUCUUCCCUGGUGCAGUUUAUUUCCUGAGCUGCUGGUAUACAAAACGCGAGAUUGGUGUGAGAAUGGCUCUGCUCAUCUGUGGUAUUCUACUCUCAAAUGCAUUUGCUGGACUGAUAUCGGCUGGUAUCUUGUCUGGGAUGGGAGGAGUUGCUGGUUUAGCCGCAUGGAGGUGGCUCUUUAUUCUUGAAGGAAUAGCUACGCUAUUGCUUGGCACUAUUGCUCUUUUUGUUCUUCCUGAUUUUCCUGGAACGACCAAAUGGCUCACUGAAGCCGAGAAAGUUGUGGCCCAAGCACGUCUAGCCGUUGAUGCCGGCAAUGAUGUUCUUCUUGACGCCGAGGAGGUUCCAUUGAUGCGAGGUCUCAUCUGGGCUGUGAAGGAUGUCCGCACCUGGAUCUUUGCUUGUAUGCAAAUGUCCACGACUGCAUCUAUUUCGUAUUCCCACUUCUUUCCUACGCUUAUCAAACAACUUGGCUUCAAAAGUAAUACAAUUGUGCUUUUGCUUACUUCCCCGCCAUAUUUUGUGGCAUUUCUCUGGGCGCUAUCAUGGGCAUGGCUAGCAGAUAGGAAACAGAUGCGCUCUGUACCUUCAGGGGUCUCUCAAAUAGCUGCGAUUGUUGGAACUAUUCUACUUAUUGCUGUGACAGAUCAGCUCUGGGCUCGCUAUGUCUUCACAAUUCUCGUCUGCUGUGGUACUUUUGGAGUAUACUCUACGACAUACGCUUGGUUGUCCUCGACUCUCACACAGCCACCAAUCAAGCGCGCCGUCGCGAUUGGGCUAGCUAACACAUGCGCAAAUUGUGCAUCUCUGUUUGCUAAUUACUUUUGGCUUGAUGAAUAUGGGCCCGAAUAUCGAGAGUCCUGGGGCUGUCUUUUGGCUUUUCAGGCACUAGGGAUGGCCUGUAUCCUGACACUCCGCUUGCUUCUUCAGCGCAGCAACAAGAAAUUUGAGACUUUGGCUAAUGAGACCGACUUGAACGAUUUCGAUCACAUUUCACGCCUUAGCCCGGAUGAGCGAAAUGCAGUGCAGAACAAUUUCAGAUAUGUUGUUUAG